UUUAUUCAUUUACGCCCAGCUGUCCAGAACACUCCCUCAAACAGUUUAAUCGUGGCUUCGCUAAAGAAAUUCUACACUUUGUCUAACACGUCGCCUUUUCUCGUGCACUGACAGCUUGAUCUCCAUCUACGACAAUCUCCUUCUCCAGCCACUAUGGUGUCCCAUAAGGAGUUUGAGACUGCUGGGAAAGCACCUGGACUGCAGGUAUGGCGCAUUGAGAACAUGGACCUCAAGCCAGUCCCUAAAAAUCUCCAAGGCAACUUCUAUACGGGUGAUGCCUACAUUCUGCUGUACACCACCACUGCACCUUCUUACUAUAUCCACAUGUGGCUAGGGAAUGAGUGUUCUCAGGAUGAAAGCGGCGCAGCGGCUAUCUUUGCCACACAACUGGAUGACUUCCUGGGGGGUGGUCCAGUUCAGUUCCGUGAGGUCCAAAAUAACGAGUCACUCACUUUCCUGGGAUACUUUAAGUCUGGCAUCAAGUAUAAGCAAGGUGGGGUUGCGUCUGGCUUUCAUCACGUGUUGACCAAUGACGUCGAUGUGAAGCGUCUGCUGCACAUCAAGGGCAGGAGGGCCAUCAGAGCCACUGAGGUGGAAAUGUCCUGGGCCAGCUUCAACAAAGGAGACUGCUUUAUCAUAGACCUGGGGAAGGACAUUUAUCAGUGGUGUGGCAGUGACUGCAAUCGUUUUGAGCGCCUGAGGGCCUCUCAGUUGGCCAUCGAUAUUCGGGACAAUGAGAGGAAUGGCAGGGCCAAAUUGCAGAUGGUGGAGGAGGGGGCAGAACCACAGGCUCUGAUUGAUGCUCUUGGGCCCAAAUCCAACAUCGCCCCUGCAACUCCAGAUGAUGAGGAAGUGGAAACUUCCAACAGGAAGAAGGGAGCACUGUACAUGAUCUCAGAUGUCUCUGGCUCCAUGAAAACAUCUGUCGUGGCCCAGACCAGCCCGUUCAAACAGGAGAUGCUCUCUCCUGAUGACUGCUACAUCCUGGACAAUGGCAUCGAUAAGAAUGUGUUUGUAUGGAAAGGACCGAAUGCGAACACAGCUGAACGCAAAGCGGCAAUGAAAACAGCAGAGCAGUUCAUCAAAGAGAAGAACUACACCAGCAAAACACAGAUCCAGGUGCUGCCUGCAGGGGGCGAGACUACACUGUUCAAGCAGUUUUUCUCUGACUGGAAGGACAAGGACCAAACCACUGGGCCUACCAAGGUCUACACCAUAGGCAGAAUUGCCCAUGUAGAGCAGAUUCCUUUCGAUGCCUCCACCCUGCAUGGUAACAAAGCCAUGGCAGCUCAGCACAACAUGGUUGAUGAUGGUUCUGGAAAUGUCCAGAUCUGGCGUGUGGAGGGAGGGGACCGUGUUCCAGUGGAUCCCUCAACCUAUGGUCAGUUCUUUGGAGGAGACUGUUACCUGAUCCUCUACAGUUACAGACAGGGAAGCAGGGAACAGCAUAUCAUCUACACCUGGCAGGGGCUGAAGAGCACUCAGGAUGAGCUGGCAGCUUCUGCCUUCCUUACUGUCAAACUGGAUGACUCCAUGGGAGGAGCUCCAGUUCAGGUGCGAGUGACACAGGGUAAGGAGCCCCCCCACCUGAUGAGUCUGUUCAAGGGCAAACCCAUGAUUAUCCAUAGUGGAGGAACGUCCCGCAAGGAUGGCCACACUACACCGGGGAGCACGCGCCUCUUCCACAUCCGUCAGAGCUCAUCUCGAACUUCUCGUGCUGUAGAGGUUGACCCCUCUGCAUCCAACUUAAACACCAAUGAUGUCUUUGUGCUGAAGUCGCCAGAUUCUUUGUUUGUCUGGAAAGGUGUAGGUGCCAGCGAUGAAGAAAUGGUCGCUGCCAAGUAUGUGGUGAGUGUCCUGGGAGGAAGUUCCACUGAUGUGGCCGAGGGUAAAGAACCAGCUGGUUUCUGGUCAGCUCUGGGAGGGAAGAAGGGGUACCAGACAUCUUCAAAUCUGCAAAAUAUGGUCAAACCACCACGCCUGUUUGGCUGCUCCAACAAGACAGGCAGACUAAUGGUUGAGGAGGUCCCUGGAGACUUCACUCAGUCAGAUUUGGCUACUGAUGAUGUCAUGUUGCUUGACACCUGGGAUCAGAUUUUCCUUUGGAUUGGUAAAGAAGCAAAUGAGGUAGAGAAGACUGAGUCACCAAAAAUAGCUAAGGACUAUGUGGACUCUGAUCCUUCUGGACGUCAUGGGUUGCCUAUCACAAUCAUAAAGCAGGGGGCUGAGCCCCCGACCUUCAUAGGCUGGUUCCAGGCUUGGGACCCACAUAUGUGGGACACUGACGCUCUGGAGAGUAUCCGAGCUCGCUUUUAAAUGCAGAUCUGCUCCCUCCUCUUUUUGUUUAUAAGCGUCUCACAUUCCUGCAGAUUUUUCUACAAUACAAACAAUUUAUUGAAAUACCCAUCUCACUUAAAACAUUGACAGAUUUCAUAGUCUCAGGUCCAGAUAUUUAUUGAACCUUGUCCAAUGAAAUUGAUUUUUAUUGAAGUUGUUUAGCCGUGUUCAGUCUAGACCAAAACCAGCUGCCAUAGUGGAAGGAAAAUCCCGACAUUAAGCACUUUUAAAAUAACAAUUACAGAACAGGCUCUCAUUUUAUAAAGAGUUGCCAUAUUUAACCCUUGUUAUUUAGUUGACAGUCUAUUGACUAUUUAUUUCGGGUUGGCACACUGCCAUUGUGACUUCUUUAUGUCUAUAAGGGAACAUCUUUUAGUGGGCAAAUGAAUUUUUAUACAAAGAAUUUACAUAUUUUCAAAUGUAAUUUUGUUUUAUGUUGAGCUUUAAUAAAUCAGGAUUUUGAGAAGAUGAA